UAUUAUUAUGUGUGUGUUUGUUUUUAAGUAAUAUUUGAUUCCUACGUUUUAAGUUAAUUGAAAAAUAAUAUACUAUAAUGGCACCUAGAGAAACACCUAAAGCCACGCCAAAAGUGCAGCGUAAAAUUAUAAAAACUACAAGAUCAAAAGCGUCUCCAAUGUCUUCUAUUAAAAAAACAGUAACAUCUGCAAAAACCCCCGAGACAAAACGUAAAGUUACUAAUAGCACUAUUCAGUGUAGAACUCGAACGAGUACAGUUCCAAAGAUGUCGACGCCAAAACCAAAGGAACAGAAGGCUUCCCAGCUACCUGGAAGUGUGACUAAGAGUGCUAAAAAGGCGUCCUGGAAUCGAAGACCGAAGCCAGCUCAUUCUGGAGUACCAGUCCCUGAAAAAAUGAAAAAAUUACUCGAAAAACAGUUACAAGACGCAGACUGUAGUUUAUGAGUAUGCAGCAAAAAAUGUUUAUCAUAACAUUCUGCAAUAUAUUUUUUAAAUUUAAUUCGACAUGUGUUGAAUAUGACAUGAUUUUCAUUCAUUUUAGUUUAUAGUAAAGUAUUAUGACUUUUUUAAUUAAAAGUUAGUUUGUAAUAAGUUUUAGAUUCUUAUAUUUGUACUCUCUAUUUUUAUUCUUCAAAAAAAACUUUCAAAAUACUAUAAGUUCACGCAUAUAGUACAAGUAAUUAUUACAUUAAAACUAUAUCAUCUCUUAUAUUUAAGUAACUUUUGAUUUGACAUAAUAUUACAAGUAUCUUGCAUUUAGCAAGAUAUACUUUGUGAGGUGUUGAAAAAUUGAUUGUAUUUACAAUUUUUAAAUACAUAAAUAACUUAGGCUCAACUAUCAUCUCAGUGUUAUGAUAAUUUUUGAGAAUAAUGUUAUCAUAAAUAAACUAAUUAUACUUUUUAAAAUAGUUUAAAUUUUGUUGCUAAUAAAAUGACAUCCUUCUCCUACUUGGGGAAAAAAGGGCCUAUAGCCAGCAGUGGGAUAUUACAGGCUGAAGUGAAAUUGACAUUUGAUUACUGAUUGACUGUAGAUUGUACUAUAUUAUCUUACCUUCGUUUGUGCCAUUUUAUUAAAUAAAAGAAUUAAAAAAUG